CUAUUCCCUUUAAACCCAAUGGAGAUUGACCGGCACAGCACAGUAAUGGAACUGUCCGCUCUCUCGCUGCAGAAACGUGUUGUGGGUUUGGUUCAAGGCGUCCGGUUUGUGAGACAGCGUGUCGACCGUCCAGUUAAUAGUCCAGGCAUGGCGGAUGGCGGGGUGACGCUGGCGCAGCACCGCGAGAUCGACCCGGCAGAGUUCACGCUGCGGAAGAGGCUGCCGCGCAAGCUGCCUCAGCGCCGCAACGACGUCUACGUGAACAUGAAGACCGACUUCCGCGCCCAGCUGGCCCGCUGUCAGAGGCUGCUGGAGGGGGGCGAGUUCAACGAGAUCUGCAUCCACGGGCUGGGGCUGGCCAUCAACCGGGCCAUCAACAUCGCGCUGCAGCUGCAAGGGAACGGGCUGGGGGCGCUGCGGCUGGCUCCGAACACGUCGACGGUGGAGCUGGUCGAUGAUCUGGAGCCCGAGACAGACCAGGGUGAGCCGGUGAGCCGCACCCGCAACAACUCCGCCAUCCACAUCAAAGUGUUCCGCGCGGACCCCCAGUAGAGGAGCGGCCCCCUCCCCCCGGGGAAACCACGGCGCGUUUGUGACGGGUUCGCUUUGUAAACACUGUGUGGAGGAGGAGCUUACAGGACCCUGCGGAAUGCUGGGCCGGGAGCGAUUUCCUGUUUCUCAAUUCCGAAUUCCUUUUGUAGAAUCAAUUCCCGAUUCAGAUUCCCGCGCCCUUUUGAAUUACAAACAGUGAAAAACAAUGCAAAUACAUUAAAUACAGUGAAAUACAGCCUGGCACAGUCCAUUAAAUACAAACAGUACAAAACAAUGCAAAUACAUUAAAUACAGUGAAAUACAGCCUGGCACAGUCCAUUAAAUACAAACAGUACAAAACAAUGCAAAUACAUUAAAUACAGUGAAAUACAGCCUGGCACAGUCCAUUAAAUACAAACAGUACAAAACAAUGCAAAUACAUUAAAUACAGUGAAAUACAGCCUGGCACAGUCCAUUAAAUACAAACAGUACAAAAA